CACUGGUUGCUAUGUGGUGAGCGUCUCCUAUGUGUACGGUUGCUAGCUAAUGGAUCUCGCGCUAAUAUCGAUGUACUGUUGAAAAUAAUGCAGUCUUUGAUUAAAAUUAAUAUUGGAUUGUGACAUUUAGUGCGAGAAUACCGACACCUGUUAUAAUGUUAAUUUAGGCGAGAAUAGGAGAAGGCAAUAAUAAGUGUAGAUCCGCUGUGCUGGAAAAUAGUUCGUGCUGUGGCUAGCAGAUCAUCGAAGAGCUACUACUUGUUCGCUUCAUUUUCAUCGGCCGAAUAAAAAUAUAGAUGCUAACACACCUACUUGAAAUGAAUUACAUAAAACGAAACACAAUGGGGUGUGAUCUUUAUUUGCGCGAUGCAGCGUUCAACUCUUUAAUUUAAACAACGCUUUUAUUUUUUAAGUGAUGAUUUUUCUGUGGCGGUAUUGUAGAACUUGUGUUAUGUUUUACAGGACGUACUGAACACGUUAGGGUGAAACCAAUGCUGAAGUAGAAAAAUUGAAGCAUUUCUUUUCCAGGAACUGCAAAAAGUUGCUUUUCAUGUGAGGGUUAAGAAGUUCUGGAUACUCACAUGAGUUUCAGGGAGGAAGACAAAAUGGGGGACAUUUUAGCCACUGAAGCCAAUAUUCUUGGGAUGAUCAAGGAGUACCUUAAGGUUCAACAGUUUGAUAACACAGUUGACAGUUUUGACAAGGAGUGCAAGAAUAAAGGAAAACUUGUGUCCAAGCCUCAAGGAAAUGCUCUGAGAGACGUAAAGACUCACAUCGUCCAGAAAGACCUCCUUAGUUCUUUCAAUGAAGGGGACUUCAAGGUAUUCUUUGAGAUGUGGGCAGAGAAUAUUCCUUCUCAUUUCAUUAAAACUGAUACUGAGGCCCAAAAGCUGGAGUUCUACCUUUAUAUCCAUUUUACCAUCUACCCACUGAGAAGCCAACCUGAACGACAAGACCAGGUGGAGUUUGAAGACAGAAUUUCUUAUUUCAAAAAAUACCUGGAGACAUGUGGAAGGGCACUGAGUCAGACCACAGAGUUUCUGCCUUAUUAUGCUCUGCCUUAUGUGUCCAACCCCACCACCCAUCCCUUCUUCAAGGAUCUCUUUCAGGAAACCUGGAUACCAAAGUUGAAGAACAAACUUAAAGAGUUUGUGUCUGUGACAAUGAAACCACCAAACUGCCCAAGGCUGCUGGCAUUAUAUAAGGAAGGCGGAAAGAGUUCAAAAGAAGCCUUGCAGCAGCUCCAUGUACAGCUUGUUGAGUCAGAGCGCCGCUCCGCCAGCUACAUGCGCAAGUUCAACAAGAUGCAAGCAGACUACUACCAGCUUAUUGGCAUCACGGCUGAGCUCGUUGAUUCGUUGGAGGCCACAAUCAGCGGAAAAAAUAUAUCGCCCGAGUACCUGCAGAGUGUGUGUGCUCGCCUGUUCAGCAGCCAGAUGAGGCAGAGCACGGUGCCGACGACUGACCUUACCCGACCUGGCACUGGAUAUUACUCUAUGAGUCCAUAUGAUGAUGGCUAUGCUUCCUCAAUACUUCGAGCAUCCAUUGCACCAUACAGAUCUAGGGAAGUGCCAAUGCUGCCUUCUCUGGAUUAUGUGAAGCUAAAAAAGGAUCUGCUUGAAGGAUCAGACCGCCUGAGGUCCCUAUUGCUUCAGGCUCUCCGCUGGAGACUUACUCGCUCACUUCCCGGUGAACAGAGGGACACUGCACUUCAGGCUUACAUAAGCAACGAUCUACUGGAACAGUACAGCACAAAGCAGGAAACGAUGCUUCAUUUACUAUCUUCAAAAAACGAAAUGGUGCGGCAGUACAUGGCUCGUCUCAUCAAUACGUUUUCCUCCUUUGCAGACGGGCGAGUUUACCUCUCCCAAAUCCCAUUGCUUCUAAAACUCCUGAUGGAAACACUCCGGGAGGAGAAGAAGGACUCCUUGACCAGAGAGAAUGUGCUGGUGGCUCUGCAGAAACUCAGUCUCAUGAGGAGCCAGCAGACAGCCAUGAUCGAAGAUGAUCUGAUUGGCUGGCUGGUGGAUGAACUGCAUGAAUCAGACUGUUUGAGCGACUACACUCUGGAAUAUUGUGCAUCUCUUCUCAUGAAUUUGUGCCUGCGAACAAAAGGAAAAAGGAAGUGUGCAGAAAAUGCCAAACAUGUGCUCAAGGUUCUAACUAACCUCCUCGGACAUGACAACCACGAGAUUCUUCCAUAUGUGAAUGGAGCCCUGUACAGCAUCCUGUGUGUCCCUUCUGUGAGACAGGAAGCAAAAGAAAUGAGUGUGGAGGAGAUCCUCCGCUGCUUCUGCAAGGAGGAUAAUCCAGAUCUUCACAGACAAAUUGGCUUCAUCAUGAAACAGCUCAACUCAGUGGAGGAAGAAGGACCAGAGUCGGACGAUGAAGAGGACGAGGAUGACAAUGAUGAAGAUUUAAUGGAGUCGGACCGAGAUAAAGAGGAAGUUCUUCAGCCAAAGCCCAGCGAGCUGUCUGGGGAAAGUCUGCUUACUACAGACUACCUGGGUAUUAUUACCAACCUACCCAAAGUGAAGAAGACGACGGCGCAGCAUCAACCAAGCAUUGAUGAACCUCUACAGCGACCGGUGACCCCGAGCUCCCAUCGUAACACUCAUCUCGCAAAUUACCAGCCAGGCAGCCAGGGUGGCGUAGGUGGCAGAGAAGAGGCGAACCCUCACCUUGGACACAGAACUGAGAAGGGAAACUCCUCUCCAUCCAAGAACGAUUGUCAACCUCAUACAAGCUUUGGCAAUCACCCACAAACGGCUGACUCUCUGCGCCACAGCGCCGACUCACAGUACGGCCGACUAGCCACGGCUUCUGAUCUGGACCAAUCCUACGAGGUACGAGCCAGGAAAGGAACCUUCCAAGAGAGACACAAUGGACGUUUUGAUAGCGGAGAUUCAAUCUCUGGGUUUGCAAGCAGGCCGAGGCUAGGACGGACUCCUGAGCCGGGAGACCUUCAGAGAAACGCUGCGUAUAGUCUGGCGCCCACAUUUUCCCAAGCUGAACCUCAACAGUGCAGUCGGCCGUGCUCCUCAAGCUCCCCAAGCGGAGCGAGACAGCAGAGUCGAGGCAGCCAGUCAACACGGCGGUGAGGAGAAAGCUGUCACCACGGCGUAGAUCUAUCCCCCCUGCGGCGCAUCACGCUUCCUGUAACAUCAUCCUUCCAGGUUUUGAUCAGGGUCAGGGAAACGAGAUGGGGUCAAGAAUAAGCAACGGGAGGUGGAGGGACUUGAACAAUGCAAAGGAUUGUGGUCCUGCAUUUUUUCCCCCAGCUUCGGCAAAGACUUUUGCAACCCAAUACGGGUUCAGACAAUAAUCACAUCCCCCGGCUGACCAAUCCGGUGCUAUUUGCGGCCUUGUUUGGCCCUCCUCUCUGCUCUCUGUCUCGCUUUUUCUCUGAACAAGGUCACCUGGCGCACCUGAAUAUGUGGAACACCCUGCCACCAUCACAGAACUGGCGAGUCUUAGUUUUAAAACUGGUGAUUAGCACAUUCAUUACUGCUACAGUAAAGCGUUUAAGGGACGAAAACAAAACUAAGAGCUACUCUGUGACAUUAAUGAUAAAUUGUUAGCCUAAUAUAAUAAUUGUGUUUAAUUGUAAGAUAUAUAUUACGUUACUCGUACCACCGGCGCAUCCCUCUUCCUUAUUUCCUCUGUCGUCAAAAUGCUUGUUAAGAGUCCAGAAUCACUGAUUGCCGAGGUCAUCUCUUUCACUUUUCCGCUACAUGCAAAGAUGGCCUUUGGCAUGAGAAAGGGGCUCUUCAGACCACAACUGAAACAUUAGCUCUACCAGGAAACUGUCUUUCAACUUUUAAUCACGUUUCGGUGACAAGCUCUGAGGAAAUACCUGCAGUGAACGUCGCACUUCUGGUUAAAUUUGGUGUGACAAUAUCAUUAAAAAAAAGAAAAGGAAGAAGAAAAAAAACUAACACUGUCUUAUAAAUGAAUUAAGCUAUUGUGCGAUGAAAAAAAAAUAGCAGCUUUUUUUUUUUUUAAAUCAAAGAGCAGUUUGGUCAGUUUACCUUUAUGAAUUUUCAAUAGUUUUAACAGAAUGAUUUUGUAGCUGGAGCAGGAUAUCAUCAUGAUUUUAUGGCAAUAAUCAUACAUUUAUGACAAUUUAAAUGGAUAUGGAGCGGCCUGGUAGUCCAGUGGAUAGCACAUUGCUUCACAGUGCGGAGGUACCAGGUUCGAUUCCAGCUCAAGCCUCCCUGUGUGGAGUUUGCAUGUUCUCCCCGGGCCUGCGUGGGUUUUCUCCGGGUGCUCCGGUUUCCUCCCACAUUCUAAAAACAUGCAUAGCACGCUGAAUGAACACUCUAAAUUGUCCCUGUCUGUGUGCCCUGCGAUUGGCUGGCAACCGAUUCAGGGUGUCCCCCGCCUACUGCCCCAAAACAGCUGGGAUAGGCUCCAGCGCCCCCCGCAACCCUAGUGGGGAUCAAGCGGUUCGGAAAAUGAGUGAAUGAAUGAAAUGGAUAUGUCUCUAUUUUUUCAAAGUUGGAAAAUCAUGGGAUUGUAAUUUCUUUGUACAUUGAGGUAAGAUACAAGAUGGGCACGUUUGUAUGUGCUUUGAAUGUAUGUGUAUGUAAUGAUUUGGGCCACAACUUCCAGUUUAAAGGAAUCAUAAAUCGAUUAUAUUAUCAGAUUAGUUACCAUUUAGAAUGACAAAAUCCAGAAGGUUUGCAUCUCUCCAUAAUAAAGCUGAAUGUCUAUUGUCAGUGACUGAAUUUAAAUGUGUGUAUCGCUUUGUGGACAACGGCUAUCUUCUAGUUGUUCUUAGAUUAAUAUCUCUUACAAUGUUUACACAGCAUCUUGCAAAAAAAAAAGUGAAUGUUUCAUUCUUUACGAUGUACACUUUCACUGUUCCAACUCUAAUCAUGUAAAUGUAUGUGGAAUGUUAUUUUUAUUGUGUCUUGAAAAUGUUAUUUUAUACAAAAUAAAUGACUUGAAAUCCA